UCCAGUCAAUUUUUAUGAGCGGUCGACCCCUCGUCAGUUUAAACAUCGAAAAUAUUCGAUGCAUUUGCGGAUGUAAAUAAAAUGCAGUCGAUGAAACGUCAGAUGUUGUUUACAAUUCAUAACAGAUGUUCGAAAUAUUAAAAAUUUGAAUUACAUCUAGCAGAAGCAGCAGAAGCAAACAAAUGACCUAUACCAUAAUAACCUCCGAUACAGUCCUCUGUCGAUUGUGUUUGGCCGACGAUGGUGUAAUGUGUCCACUUUUCGGAUCGCAGCCGUAUAAUUUGGUGGAAAAAAUCUACGAAUGCACUUCAUUAAAGAUUGAACAGAUCAAAGGGGUUCCUUUUUCAAUAUGCGAGGUUUGCAAAUCCAAGUUGAUAAUUUGUUCGCAAUUCAUCAAGCAAUGUUUGAAAACGGAUAGAGAAGUGCGGAAGCUAUUCGCUCAGUGCUUCGAACGGCAUGAAUCAAGCCAGCAAAAACCUGACCAAUCUGAACGAAAAAACGAAGAAAUCGAUUGUGUUCUAAGCAGGGAUGAAUCGCCAAGUGAGCUGGCGAAGCCAAUAGAUGAUCCCGAUAGUGAAGAAGUAUUCUUAAUUGAAAUUGUGGAACAAUCGCAAUCAGAUGAGGAACAAGAGAAGCAGAUCUGUAACUAUGAACUAGACUCACCCAUUGUAGAAGAACAUCUCGUUGAAAAUGGGGAAAAUGGGGACACAUUGGAAGAAAAUCAAGCCGAACGAAGUGAACAGUUGUCAGAGAAAGAUGAAAAAUCACGGAAGUCGCAAAUCGUUGAUAUAAAUACAAAAUCAUGCAAUGAAAAUGAGAAGCCCUCUGUAACGAGCGUAAAGCGAGAGCGAAAAAGCAAAAGGAAUACCCGCAAAUCCAAAGUUAUUUGUGAAACUGCCACCACAGCUUUGGAAAAUGAAACACAACCAAAAGAAUCCAGCAAAGGGAAGCUUACAGAAAAUGCCAGGAAUGGUGCAAAAAAAUAUACUAAGGAGUGUCCAAUAUGCGGGGUUCCGCAACAGAAUCUGAAUCAACACAUGACUGUCCAUUUGGGGACAAAAAAGUAUGUUUGUCAGUAUUGCAACAAGGCAUUCGCUCAGAGAGGCAAUUUAACUUGUCAUCUUAACAUCCACACAGGGAACAAACCUUACAAGUGUGACCAAUGUGAUAAAUGCUUUGGAGAUCCAACGGCGCUUAAGUCGCAUAAAAUAAUUCACUCCAAUGAAGCAAACUUUCGAUGUGACAUCUGCCAGAAUACCUUCAAGUACAGGCACUCCUUGAAAAGCCAUAUAAGAAGCCACAACGAUGAUCGGCGGCAUUCCUGCACUUACUGUGAGAUGGCUUUCGUUACCAGUUCGGGCUUGAAAAAGCACAUCCGCAGGCAUACCGGGGAGCGUCCUUACAAAUGUAAGCAUUGUUCUAAAGCGUUCACCGCUGCGGGUAACUUGCAGAUACACCAAAAGACUCACACCAGGGAGCGUCCAUUCCAGUGCGCGAUCUGUGAAUCCAGGUUUGGAUACAAAGCAGUACUGAAGCAACACAUGAAGAUUCACAUGAGUAAGCAAGACGGAAAGCGAUGUGAUAAAAACAAUACAAAUGUUUAAUGUAGCUAA